AUGGGCUUCCCCAACAUCCCCACUCCCUCAGCUCUUCCUGCAAAGGUCGAUCUGAACUUUAGUCUGAAUAGCUUCAGCUCAAGUUCGCGUCUCCCCACCGCCACCAUUCCCGGCCAAGACCCCCCAGUCUUCACCACGGAUUCCCAGUCAAAAUGGCUUCCCUCCAGUUCACCGAGCCUGCCGGCACAACCCGCGCAUCAUCAGCAACACUACCAGCAACUACUGCCGCCUCAACAGGACUUCGUCUUGUUCGACACGCCGAAGCGUCAUCCCCCUAACCGCCCUGCCUCCCAAUCUUCCGCCACAGGAAGUGCAUCGCUCAACUCAACCAACCAACAACAGAGCCCCUGGCAUCUUCCCCAGGAUCUGCAACGUCAGCGAGCCGCACAGAUACUCCAGGCACAGGGCCACACUGCUUCGUCAACGGCUUUUCCCAAUCGGUUUAACAACGCGAAGAACAACCACUUCUACGCAUCCUCUGCUCCCUCCUCGACCGCUGCUUUGAACCAGAAUCAGUCCCGGCAACGUCCGCCUGUCCCCCUGUUCAACCAACAAAUCAACGGUAACCAGGCACCGACCCUCAAAAUGGACGUCCAAGACUUCGAAUUUGAGGAUUUCACUGCCUUCGAGGGCGGCGCCCCCGCCUCGGCCCUCUCGUCGCCGGCCAACAUGGCCUUCGACCUGAGCAGCUCCAUGCACAGCUCCAACAUCGGCACCGUCUCACCCCAGGACCUGCUGAUGAACGAGCCGUUCAUGUCUGCGCCGAACUCCACUGCACUCACUGCUUUGACCUCGCCUUCCAUCUACAAUGAAUCGCCCGACUUCAACGACAGCUGCGAUGUCUCCCCCAACUUUGGCUCCAGCGACUUCGACGACAGCGGCAACUGGUUCUCGCUCUUCCCGGACCAGAACCCCGUUGCGGCCGCCCCUGCCGCACCCGCUGUUGACCAGUCCCCAGCCACCAAGUCUGAGGACUUUGAAACCGUUGAGAAGCCAGCGCAGCGCCGCAAGUCGAGCAACUCUAGCUCGCCAACUGGUCGCCACUCUUCUGUCUCGGGUGUCAACUCUCGUCGUCGCGACAAGCCUCUGCCCCCCAUCAUUGUCGAGGACCCCAACGACACCGUCGCCAUGAAGCGGGCGCGGAACACCCUCGCCGCUCGCAAGUCUCGUGAGCGCAAGGCUAUCAAGUUCGAGGAGCUCGAGGAGAAGAUCAGGAAGCUGGAGGCCGACCGCGACCACUGGAAGCAGGUCGCCAUCGCACAUGGUGCAACACAAUAA